UUAAAGCUACUCAUAAUCAAACCUCUUCAAAACCCAAAACCCUACGUGGGUUUUUUUCUUCUUCAAAAACCCAUUGUUUUUAUGCUUAAUCUCAAAAAUAUCCAUUUCUUUGGUUAUGGUUGUUCAAAUUCAUCACUAAAUUUACAGGUUCCUCUGUUUUUCUAUUACUAAACUUUGAAAAAAGGCCAAUUUCAUGAAAUGAGUGAGACCAAAGAUGAGAGAGAAACAUCAUCACCAUCAAAAGAUGAUAGAGAAACAAUUACAACCCAGAAAUUUAGAGGAACACCACCAGCUCCUCUGUUUCUUCCUCCCUUUGAUUAUGAACAAGUUAAUAGUAGUAACAUUAAAAGACCAAGAUUUGCAACUUCUACGAUUCAUCAUCAAUGGAAACAACAAAGCCCAAUGGGCUUACAAAACCCAGAAUCAAGCCCAUCUCCAUCAAACCCACAAACCCAAUUAACCUCUCCUGAUUCAUCUUCUUCACCUUCACUUUCACCUAUACCAUCUUCAUCAACUGGGCAAGAAAACAAGCAAGAACAACAACAGUUUAGAAAAGGGAAGUAUGUAAGCCCAGUUUGGAAACCCCAUGAAAUGCUUUGGCUUGCAAAGGCAUGGAGAGCUCAAUAUCAUGGAGACGGGUCUGGGUCUGGGUCCGGGUCUGGGUCCGGGUCUGGGUCUGGUUCGAGUUUAGGUUUCGAAAGUGGAGGAGGAAGAGGGAAGACAAGAGCAGAGAAAGAUAGAGAAGUUGCAGAAUUCUUAAACAAACAUGGAGUAAAUAGAGAUGCUAAAACAGCAGGGACAAAGUGGGACAAUAUGUUGGGAGAAUUUAGGAAAGUAUAUGAAUGGGAAAGAGGUAGUGAAAGAGAACAAAUAGGGAAAAGCUAUUUUAGGCUUUCUCCUUAUGAAAGAAAGAUUCAUAGAUUACCUGCUUCAUUUGAUGAAGAAGUUUUUGAAGAAUUAUCACAAUUUAUGGGCCCUAAAAUGAGACAUUCUCAUUCUUCUAUAACUCUUCAUCAUCUUCAAACUUCAUCAUCAAGAUCAUUAUCAAACCCUUGUGAUCAUCUCAAUCUCAAAUCUUUGCCUCCUCUUCACCCUUUUAGAGAUGAUAAUUUUCCCGGCCUCUCUACCAUCUUUUCUGAAAGAGCAAGGCAAUUACAAUCAUACAUGCAUAAUAAUAACAACCCAAGAAAUCCCUUACAUGGGUUUGAGCCACAUUCAUCACUACCAUUGUCAAACACAAGUGGGUCCCCAAGAAUGGAGCUAAGGAGGAUAGGGAGAAUGAGGAUGGCAUGGGAGGAAUGGGUGAGUUUAUGGGCAGAAGAAGGUGAAUACCAUAAAGGAAGAGUAAAAGUACAAGGUUCUAAUCUAUUGAAUGCAGAUGAACUCAUUUACUUUGAUGAAUCAAUGGUUGCUUCUUCUUUGGAAGCCUAUGAAGAUGGCCCACUUAAGGGUUUUUCUGUUGAGAGGUUUGUCCCUGGUCAGCAGCUUAAGGUGUUUGGUAGAAGAAAGCUUUCAUCUUCAACUCAUAUCUCACCUUCUGAUUUCUCUGAGAGAAUACCAUUUGCAAUUGCCGCAGAUCAACCAUUUAUAAGAUCAUGGGAUUUCCAAGACCCAACAGAAUAUUACUUAGGAUGUCUAAGAGCACCACCAAAAACACUUCCAACCCUUUUUGAGCUCUCUUGGUACCUACAAGAACCACCACCAGAAGAUUUCCGGCUUCCUCUCCGGAAGGACAUAUACCGCGAUUUACCUCAAGGAAGAGAGCUCUUUUUCACCACAUCUGCCAAUGAACCUCUAGACUGUAAAUCCUUCACCAUUGACAUCUUAAGCUCACUCAUCCGAACCAUCCCAAGCAUCACAGCUUCAACCUCUUCAACAAGGGACUCCUACAUUGCCCUAUGGGAUGAUUGUAUCAACCGUGUCAUUGCAAAAUUCUGCCCUUUUGAGAUGGUUUUUACUAGAAAAACACCCUACAUAUCCUCAGUUUCGAAGUCCUUUCAAGAUCAAUGGCCGAAUCUAACAGGAAUGGUGAAGAAUCUUUGCUUAUGGAGAGGUGAAGAAACCGACCAGCUAAGGGAAUCUCAACCUUAUAUUGAUCCUUCUUCCUCUAUAACACAAAAAAUUUCAUGGACUUACAAAGGUAUCCCUUAUAUUUUAGGGUACUAUGCAAUUGGACAUAAUGUUACAUUUUGUGCAUUAAGUCCACCUUCACCUUCACCAUCUUCAUCAUCAUCUCAAGAUCAUACCCAAAUUACUAGAACUGAUCUUUACUCCUUAGAUUUAUCAAACCCUUCUGAAAGAGUAAAAUUACUGAUCCCAUGUUGGAAAAUAGGGAUCAUAUUAGCCUCAUUAGCCGAGAAAUGCAUCAAAAAUAAUUGUCAAAGUGAUUAUGAACGUCAAGAUCUUGGAGAAGGAAAUAUCAUUGAAAUGACAACAAACAUGACAACAAGAUAUUACCCUAAUACAAGAAGAUGGCAAACAACAAAAGAAAUCUACACAGUGUUGGAUCAAAGAGUAAUUCCUCACGUAGAACAUAUGAUCAGCUAUGAAGAAGAAGAAUUAGCAUUGGUGUUUAAACCUAAAGGUGUAAAAUCAAAACCAAAGAAUAUGGAGCAGUUAGUUUUAGCCCUAAAACAAGUAGCUAAAGUAUUAGUAGCAUUACAUGAUUUAAGUUUCAUGCAUAGAGACUUGUCAUGGGAAAAGGUGUUGAUGAUCAAUAAGGCGGCGUCUUGUUCCUCCUCGGCCACAGCCUCAAGUGUGGCCGAGGAGGUGGAGGAAGGGUGGUUUGUGGCGGGGUUCGAGGAGGCGUUAGGUGCACCGCAAAUAAACCCGUUCAUUGAGUUGGCAAGUGGGGAGGAGAGAGAAAAGUAUGCACCAGAAAUGAGUAGAGGAGUGCAUGGAGUGAAAGUAGAUGUGUAUGGAAUAGGGUAUUUGAUAAAGACAAGUGAAGUGAAAUAUGAAGGAAGAGUAGGAAAACAGCUAAAAGAGUUAGAAGCGAAAUGUAUGGAUCAAAAUCCAGAACAACGCCCAACAGCAGCUGACUGUUACCAUCAUUUGUUGCAGAUUCAGUCGUCAUUAUCAUCCGCCGCCUCUAGCCGCUGCUGCUAACUUACGCUCAUGUUUUUGCUGCUCAAUUUUCUGCAAUGUUUACAGGUCUUUGAUUAGGACUACUUUCUCUUUAAUUUAAUUUUUCUCUCUUUACCUAGCUUUAUUAUUAUUAUUAUUAUUGGGGUGAAAUGUUUUGUGGGUAUGUGAGAAUUGUCAGGGAUUUGUAUAUGAACAGGGAAAGUACCCCAGAAUUGACCGUUAAGUAGGGGUUUUUUUCUUGCUUUGGCUAGGGUUUUCAAGGAAAAAAUGAACAUAUUUUAUAAAAAUGGUUUGGUAUUAAUUAGUUAUUGUAGGUAGGAAUUAAGUGUAGAAAAGAGAUUGAGAUGAAAUAUGAUGUGAUUGUGACUUCUCAACAAGGAAAGUUUUGGUAAUUACUGGUAAUACUAGUAAU